CACAAUAUGGCCAAGGGUAACAAGGGCAAAGCCCCACACGACGAACCAAGACAAGCGAUAACUACUGAUGCCAGAUUUGCCGGUGUGCAUAGUGACCCGCGCUUCAAGUUGGCUCAGAAGAAGCACUUGAAGGUGAAGGUUGAUGACCGUUUCACGAAGGAGGAGAUGGAUGGGUUCAAGGAGAAAUCAAAGAUCGACAGAUACGGGAGAACUAUUAACGCGGCGGAUAAUGACAAAAAAAGUGCGUUUGACAAGUACUAUGAGGAAGCUGGGAAGCCUGACGAGUCCGAGUCUAAGUCAGACGAAUCAGACGAAUCAGAUGCUGAAUCAAGCGACGAAUCCGGACCUGCUGAGAAGUUUGCUGAGGUUGAAAGUGAAUCUGAAAGCGAGGCUGAGGAGGGUACUGUUGACAGAGCCAGAGGAACGGCUUUGUCGUCUGAUGACGACUCCGACUCCUCCGACGCCUCUGACUCAGAAGCUGAUUACGAAUCCGAAAUUGAGAUCGAAGACAGCAAACCAGAAACCGGUGACCCCUCUACAACCUUCGCUGUGGUUAACAUGGACUGGGACAAUAUCCGUUCUGUCGACCUCAUGGCCACCUUUUCGUCGUUUGUACCACCCGGAGGAGUGAUUGAGGCUGUCAGCAUCUACCCGUCGCAGUACGGGAAGGAAAAGAUGCAGAAAGAAGACACUGAAGGCCCGGCCAGAGACAUGUUCAAGAGCAAGAAGAAAGUAGAGUCUGACUCGGACUCGGACUCGGAUGAUGACAUGGAACAGGCGGCCAAGACGCUCUACGAAGAGGAUGCUGGUGAGGACUACAACCACAAAAGCUUGCGUCGCUACCAGUUACAGCGCUUAAGGUACUAUUACGCUGUGGUGAAGUGUAACAACGUGGCAACGGCCCAGAACAUCUACGACAACGUGGAUGGGACUGAGUAUGAGUCGACGGCCAACAUAUUCGACUUGCGCUACGUGCCAGAGGGCAUGGAGUUUGAUGAUGAAGCCCGCGAUUCUUGUUCCAAAAUUCCUGCUAAUUACAAGCCAAAUGACUUUAUCACGGAUGCAUUGCAGCACUCCAAGGUUAAGUUGACCUGGGACGAGACCCCGGCAGAAAGAGUCAAGAUGGCGAACAGGGCGUUCUCCCAGCGUGAGAUUGACGAGAUGGACUUCAAGGCGUACCUCGCAAGUGAUUCUGAGGAAUCGGAAGCCGAAGAUGAUAUGAAGACAAAGUACCAAAACUUGUUGACCAAGUCUACUCAGAUUGGCGACAAGAACAUCUUUGACAAGGAAGAUGAUGCAGGUGAGGUUGAUAUGGAGAUCACAUUUACUCCAGGCCUUGAUGAAAACGCCGAGACAAAGGAGGAAGUUGAAGAAUCGACAAUUGACGCUUACAGACGUAAAGAGAAGGAGCGCAGAAAGCGCAGAUUGGAGAACAUGAAGACACAAAAGGCUGAGGAAGUGGCCGAAAAGAAAACGGAAAAGAAUGGGAAGAAGGGCAAGAAGGGCAAGAAGGCCCCAGAGGACGAUGCUGCCGAGGCUAAGCGCGUUGCUGCGCUCGAAUUAUUGAUGAUGGGCGAGGACGAGGAAAAGACGGCGGAGCACUUCAGCAUGAAGGAGAUCGAAAAGGCAGAGAAGUUGAAGGGCAAGAAGGGCAAGAAGAAUAAGGCCAAAUUGGCAGCGUUGGAGUCUGUCCAGGAUAACUUUAAGCCGGAGUUGAAUGAUCCGCGGUUUUCCGAGAUCUUUGAAGGCCAAGACUUUGCGAUUGAUACCACAAAGCCAACGUUCAAAAAGACCGAAACCAUGGGCAAGAUCAUGGAGGAGCGUUCCAAGCGUACUAAGGGUGGUAAAUCAGCGAAGGUCGAGAAGCGUAAGGCGGAGGACGAUGGUGAGUUGGAUUCGUUGGUUGAUAAAAUCAAGCGCAAGAGCAGAAAAUAAGUCAAAGAUAUGUAUUAUAGAUGUGAUUCACGCGAGA